ACAAACUUUUUAGUUUCAUUGUGUUUCUACAUUGUUUAGAGAAGUAGGAUUACUUUGCUUAGCCUCUGAAAUCCACAGAGGCACACAUUAUUCACCAGCAGAGACCACAGUCCAGUUUUUAAAGAGCUCUUUUUUUUUUUUUCCUCAUGAGAAAUACCAGAAAACACAAGGUCUGUAAGCACAGCCCUGCUUUCUGGCAUAAAACUCCUCCCUGGAUCACAUGUAAGAAGGGGAAAAUGCUCAGGAUGUGCUAUCACAACAUGAUAGUGGUUAUUUUAUAUAAUCAGGACAGGUUGAACAGCCUCUGAAUGGACGUUGACACUACCUGCAGAUAGACUGGUAAGGUACUUUACUUUUUUGUAAUUUUAAGGGAGUCAAACUAUUUGUGUCAGUAGGCGUUUGAGUCUGGGGAUAUUACAGGAAGUCACCAAAAUACUGUUUGAUAGUGUUAUGCUCGUUUAAUUGUCUUGUCAGAUUAGAUUGCUGUAGUUUAGAGGGUUGAUUUCUCAGCCUUUUACAAAAUGCUCACGAAAAUAAAUUAAUUCUCCAGGAUUGUUUGUGCCCUUUGGGGCUCUCAACCAUCUCUUGCUUAACCAAAUCUGAUUUUCCAUGCUGACUUUAUUGUCCUGCCUGGUCCCAGCUGCAAAUGUAACGGAAGCAUUGCAGUGACCUCAGUGGCGUCAUGCAGUAUUGAACAGUCUGCCCACAAUCCUUCAAGUCAAUAAAAGGAGUUCUGUCUGCUAAAGGCCGUGUUUUCUCACUCAGUAACGUCUGAGAAAACUGGCGAGGCAUUUGACUGCUCAUGUGGAAGCCAACCCCAGUCAUGUGCUAGUGCCUCUCUGAUCAGUGCCUAAUGAGUGGGGAAUUAUGGCAUCCUGCUAAGCCUGUAUGAUGGUCCUGCACCCUUAGACCGAAAACUGUAGCUUAGGUGGAACUGUUUCUUUCUUUUUUUUAAGUUUACUCACUCUAUUAGUAUUUAGCCAGUCCUGCUUGUCAGCUUUCUUUAAACUCUAACGUUCUGGUACAUCAAGCCAGCAUAGCUGUGAGUUCACAUUUGUGGCAGGUGGAGCACUCAGCUACGCAAUGGCUGACUGGGACUAUGACUAUCUGAUCAAGCUGUUGGCCCUGGGAGACUCAGGGGUGGGAAAAACCACUUUCCUCCAUAGGUACACUGACAACAAGUUCAACCGCAAGUUCACAACCACAGUGGGCAUUGACUUCAGGGAAAAGAGAGUGACAUACACAGGGACAGGCGCAGAUGGAACAAGUGAGAGGAACUUCAAAGUCCAUCUUCAGCUUUGGGACACAGCAGGACAAGAGAGGUUUCGCAGCCUCACUACAGCUUUCUUCAGAGAUGCCAUGGGCUUUCUGCUGAUGUUCGACUUGACCAAUCACCAAAGCUUCCUCAACAUCAGGAACUGGAUGAGUCAACUACAAGCCAAUGCAUACUGUGAUAGUCCAGACAUUGUGUUGGUGGGCACCAAGGCUGACCUCCGCGAUGUUAGGGAUGUUCACGUCAGACAGGCCAGAGAUUUGGCAGACAGAUACGGCAUUCCCUACUUUGAGACAAGUGCAGUGACUGGUGUUGAUGUGGACCGGGCAGUGACCACCCUGCUGGACCUGGUGAUGAAGAGGAUGGAACAGAGCACUUACGGGGGCCGCAGUUCUGAACCCAAUGGCAGCCCAGUCGCCAGCCAUGAAGAAGAGGAAGCCCCUGUCAGGAGGAGGUGUGCAUGCUGACGUUACCACCAGCAGCCAUUUUUCUCAUAUUUGCUGCAAUUAACACAGCGUUUUCAAUAUGUUACUGUUUUCUAGAGCUUGGCUAGGGUGCCAGCAAGGUGAGGCAGAAGAUCAGUUGAGAAAUCAAAUGAAAUAUCAUAAACACUUUAGAGUACUAAAACUCUGGAAAUCUGGCCCAUAGUAAUAUUGUUAUUACAGUGUGAAUUCCUAUCUUGUUGUUUGUUGUCUGUAAUGUUUUUUGUAUUCCCCUGUGCGUGAUUAAGUGAGAAAGAGGAGGGAGAUGAGGCGUAGACUUUAAAGAUUGUAUAUAGUAAUAUAGGUGUUACAAUAAAAACUGUGAUGCUUUAAAGACAACAAGUCACAAAA